AUGAACGGUGAAGGGGGACCUUCGGUCCCCAUAACGACCUUAGCUGCGGUCCAGGGCUUAACGGACCUUCUCAGCGAGCUUCCAUUGCCGGUCAGCCUUCCGGGCGCCUGCAGUCCUGCAUCACGACCAGUGAUAUCCGCGCACGAGGCUGAUGAGGUCCAGAACAUUCUCAAUAACGGGAACUACCUCCUACCUCAGGUCAUCGACGCGCUUUCGAGAACGAACAUCGAUAACCUCGAGAUCGAUGAUGGCGUACUGUCUCCGGUUUCUGGGAACGGCAACAUGUCGCAGAUGCUAUCUCACCUCCUGUCGUCCCAGCCCCAGUUGUUCGGGCCGAAACCCGCGAUGACCACCCCGCAUUGGGGUGCAGCCCAACUAGGCCAGCAGCAGCAGCAACCCCAACCACAAGCACAGCAGCCGCCGCCACAGCAACAAUAUUAUCCGGCUGCGAAUCAAACGUUUUCGCCACAGCAUCAGCAGCCAGCGACUCCGCAUGGCCAGUCUCCGCAGCAAGCGAAUAGCCAACAGUUUGUCAAUCCGCAGCAGCAAGCGUCGCCCUACUAUCGCCAACCUCAGAACAACAAGCACUUCAACAGUAACUUCAACCAACAUCAAUUUCCCGUACAGAAAGAUCAUAGCGUGGCUGGAAUUCUCGACAACCACCAUGGACCCUACGGUCAAGCUAGUCUCCAGGGCCCCGCAGGUCACAGUAUGCAAGCGAUGCUUCCCGGUGCAACGAAUCAAUUGCCACAGACAGCGCAACAACAGCAGCAGCACAACGCAAUGCAUCUGCCCAUCGUCAAUCCUAUGGUUCCGAAUAAUUUCCUCCCGGCCAACGGAAUCGAUCCAACGUUAGACAAGCAUCUGAAUGACAUGGUUCACAAUUUCCCCUCAACCAUGCAUCAGCAACAACUCCCACACCAACAGCUGCAAGCGCCGCAUCUUCAACAUACGCAGCAACAAUUCCAUCAGCAGCAUCCUCAGCAACAAUUCCAUCCCCAACAGCAACAGCAGCAGCAGCAGUUGAGUUCACCGACCCAUCAGCAACAGUCCCAAAUGAUGAAUGCCCAAAUGCCAACGACGUCGACGGCGCCCGCAACGCCGAGCACACCGCAAGCAGCGGAUAAAACGAAUGUUCCACCGAAGAAGAAAUUCCGCUCUCGUGGUAAGGAUCCCAAAGUUUGGGGUGGAACCCCCAUCAAGAAGCGGAAAGAGCCGGAGUUGCGUCCCGACGAAUUGUCCACCAUGGACAGCUUGAUCGCAUCUUCAUUGACGGAACGCGUGAAGCGGAGACGGCGAGGCAACAAAACCAAAUACAUAGAGGACGAUCAGAAGGACGAUUCGGACGCCGAGGCUGGUGAAGCUGGGACGGGGGAAGGCGAUUCCGACUUCGAAGGUCCCAAGAAGAAUCUUAAGGAGCCCACCCCGCCACCUAAGGAAAUCAUCAUCAAGAAGGCGAAAAUCAAAAAGAUUCGCAGAGAACAACAGACGGAAGCGAUGACCGCCGAGGAGUUGAUGGAGUCCACCACCUAUCAGAGAUUUACGCGCCUUGUAGAGAAAACCUUCGAUGCAAUGGAGGACGUCGACCUGGCACAAACAGUUGAUGAAGAGGAUACGUGUCCCGAGGAGUUCCUCAUACCUUUGAAAACCCUGAAAGAGUUGGCCGACGAAAGUGCGAAGUUGAAAGUACUCAGAGCUACCAACCAAGUUCCAGCGGACCGACUUGUCAGAUUGUUAACAAUACUCGAACGUAAUAUCCUCGACGGGACCCGGGUGUGUCUGGGAGGGGAGCAAGACGACGAUGAAGGUGCCGCCAUCGAAUUGAUGAUGGACAAAAUUCAACGAAGUGCCGACAGCUCGCUCACCGCGCUCUACAUAAUGACAGCGGCUGACAUGCCCGAGAAAGUGUUCCUGGAAGAUGUCAUCGAGCGGAUAGUGACGUUCGUGAAAUUCCAAGUCCAGAAUACAAUAUACCCCGCCUUCGAUCCAGCGUAUCGGGUGUCGAAAAAAGACGAGGAAUCGACGGCGUCCCUGAAGCAGAAACGAUACUACUCUUCAAUGAAGUCUCGUCAAAAGAAUGUGACUCAACUCUACAAUAAGCUGCGCGAGGCGGUUGGCCUGUUAGCCGAGCUGCUGAAGCUGCAGACGCUGACAGAUACGAUCGUAUUGAAGGUUUCCAGUCUCGGUGUGAGUCCAUUCUUUGUCGAAGGCGUAUCCGAACUCCAACUGAACGCCUUACGGCUCGUAACAGCAAUUUUCACGCGUUAUGUACCUCAUCGGCAAUUGAUCCUAGAAGAUAUUCUAGCAUCGAUCGCUAGGUUACCCACCUCCAAGCGAAGUUUACGAAAUUAUCGCCUGAACUCGGAGGAACAGAUCCAGAUGCUUACGGCAUUGGUACUGCAACUCAUCCACAGUGUGGUUCGAUUACCUGAAGGCACACCGAAGUCGAAGUCGAAAGAAAAGGAUAAAGAGAAGGAGAAGGAUAAGGAUGGAUCGUUAGACGAAUACAAACCUCUCGACGAGGUUGUUCUGAUGACGUCCUACGAAGAAGCUAUCCGCACAGCUGUCAGUUUUCUUUCUGUGUUUUUGAAGAAAUGUGGUGUCAAACACGAAGACAUGGAUUAUCGGCCGUUGUUUGAGAACUUCGUGCAAGAUCUACUAUCGACGGUGAAUAAGCCUGAAUGGCCGGCGUCCGAAAUGAUGUUGUCCCUUCUGGGCCAAUUGUUGGUGAACAACUUCAGUAACAAGAAUCUGGACAUGUCCAUGAGAACCUCAUCGCUCGAGUAUCUUGGUGUGGUAGCGGCCAGACUCCGGAAGGAUGCGGUCCAAACGAAAAUUCGACACGAGGUCAUCGAUGAUAUCCUCCGUCAAAUCUGCGAUGACAACGAGGAAGAGGACAUCCAGACGAAGCCGAAGAAAAAGAAGAAGAACAACGCGGCCAAACUGAAGGAACGCGAUGAGGUUACGAUACUGCAGCAGGCUUUACUCCAUUAUCUGGACGGGAACGCAGAAUCUGAUCCAUCCUUAGAGUUCUCCAAGAGAUUCUAUCUGGCUCAGUGGUACAAGGACGCAGUCGCAAACGCGAAGGUGGAUGCAAGUGAGUCUAGAGAUUUUUUUCAAUAUCCUCGAACAGCUCGGCAAGGCGCAAUGUGGUUCGUUCUUUCCUCCUUUCCUUCUGCCGUACGUGACCCCAUGGUCAAACCCAAAAGAGAACCCAAAAGCGAUCCCGAAGAUGAGGACGAAGCUGUCAAGCUUGAGAAAACUCAAAUGGUCAUCAAGUUGGCCGAGCGACGGAAAAAGUUCGUCUGCGAAACGAUACAACAAGACUACGCCGAUUUCGGAACCGUGGAAAUCGUGCGAACAACCCUGGACUAUGACACGGCGGAACUCAUAUCUCGGUUUCUCGCGUCGCGGAGACCGUUUUCGAGAAGUUUCGACAUAUACCUGUCACAGAUCCUCAAAGUACUCGGAGAAACUACCACGGCUGUACGAACGAAAGCUAUGAAAUGUCUCACUCAAGUCGUCGAAGCCGAUCCUGACAUUCUUGCGCGACUCAACGUAAAAGUUGCUGUCCACUCGAGGCUUCUCGACACAGCGACAUCUGUGCGAGAAGCGGCAGCGGAUCUUCUUGGAAAAUUCCUCCUACAAUCACCCGAACUAAUAGACGCCUACUACGAAAUGUUGACGCAACGGAUACUCGACACCGGUGUUUCGGUGCGAAAACGUGUCAUCAAAAUCCUCAAGGACAUCUGUGUUGAGCAGCCAGACUACAAGAACGUACCCGAUAUCUGUGUGCGGAUCAUCAGACGAGUGAACGACGAAGAAGCCGUGAAGAAAUUGGUGGGCGAGGUGUUCCAAUCGUUGUGGUUCGUGCCAUGCAAAGACGGCGAGACCGAACGCAUCACCCAGAAAGUACGCAAUAUCUGCCACGUAGUUGCCGCGUGCCGAGACACUGGCCUGGAAUGGUUUGAACAGUUAUUAGCGAACCUGCUCCGCUCGAAAGAGCACGAAGCGAAUUUGCCUCACACGAAGAGGGCCUGUCGUCAGAUCGUGGAUGCUCUCGUGGAUAACGUGUUGGAGCUGGAAGGUGACCAGCAGCAGAACGCACGCAGUCAUCUGAUAGCGUGUCUCACGACGCUCAACAUGUUCACGAAAAUCGAGCCCCACCUGACGACGAAGCACUACCAAAUUUUCCAGCCGUACCUGUUGAUUCCCUGCAAGACGAUGGCUGAACAAUUGAUAAUCAACGCUGUUUCACAUUGUUUAGAGUUAGUCGUUCCUCUAGUCGAUCAUCCGUCGGAAGAUUUCCUCGUUCAGGUUGAAGAAGCACUCAUGAAACUGAUUGUCAGAGGUCAUUUAUCUGUUCUACCGGCGGCCACCAGUUGUCUCGGCAAAGUCAUCAACUGCGUCACCAAAAACCACAAGCUCGUCAGGGACUGCUUCUGCAAAAUAGUUAAAACGGUCGAGUUCUUCAAGAACGAGCCCCAGAAAGCACAAAAACCCGUUCUCAUGAGAAAUCUUUUCACGGCGGGACUCAUCUGCAAGCACUUCGACUUCGAGCACCUCCAAGAUCCAGCGGUAUCCCACCGGAACGAGAAGGAGAUCGUGUUCGAUUGUUUCAUCCACUUCAACGCUCAUCCCGACGAAGACAUUCGGCUGAAAGCUCUACAAGGUCUCGGACUUAUGCUGAACCGUCAUUUCGAUCUCAUGCUCGGAGACGAAGUCAAAAAUCUCUAUCACUACAUUUUGGAAAAUUCCGGAGUUACGUGCACGUUCAAGGUCACAGUGCUCACCAGCAUAAAAACCUACCUUCACGAAGAAGAGCAGAAGAUGAUCGAGAAGGAUCGGGAGUGGGCGAAAAUGUCGAAGAAAGAAAACCUCAAAGAAAUGGGUGAUGUGUCGUCUGGCAUGGCGUCAACUGUGAUUCAACACUACAUGAAACCUGUCCUGUCGUCGGUUCUUUCAAAACACAUUAAGGUUCGGAAAGGUGCAUUAUUCGUGAUCCAACUCGUCCUCGGUCAAGGUUUAGUGCAUCCGGUGCAAAUGGUACCUUAUUUGUCGUGUCUGGGUAGCGACGACGACCUGCUCACGCGCACCACGGCCGAGCGGUUGCUCCAGGAGCUCGAGAAGAAAUAUCCCGGUUUUGUUCAGAUGAAGGCGCCUGCUGGAGUCCGUUUGAGCUAUCGACUCCAGAGCGUGCUCAGGGAAGAUCUCAAAGAUAAGGACGAUCGUCUCAUUCGUGGGCUCCGGCUUCAAGCCGAUGGCCAGCCCAUCGCUCGCAAUGGCUUCCUUUACACCGUGCUUCGAUCGACGCGGCAGACCCGAAGAGCUUUUUUGCUCUCGUUGCUGAAGGCCUUCGAUGGAGACGAUCGAUUUACGCUGUCGGAACUUCUGUACAUGGCGGACAAUAUCGUAUAUUUCCCGUAUCUCGUUCAAGACGAACCGCUGUUCGUCAUGCACAACAUCGAUAUACAUCUGUCGGUGACGGGAUCUGGUCUUCUGCAGAACUUCAGAGACCAGCUACGACAGAAGCCCCGCCAUCAUCGGAACGAACAAGUCAUGAAUCACGAAACCGAUUCGGACGACGACGACAACGACGACAUCGAAUCCCUUAUGGAGAGACUUCCUGAAGACACGAAGAUCGUCCAGGAGCUAAUGAUCAAUUCUCACGCCUGCAUUCUACUCUUGCUCUGCAAGCAGGCCCUGAAAGAGAUCUACGGCUUGACCGAUACCAGGAUCCAGCAGUAUUCACCGAAUGAACAAGCGAAAGCCUACGAGAAGCAGGUCACCCGGAAGGUGGGAGUGCACUUUACACCAUCUCUCACCCUUGAGAAGCUCAAGAAUCCUGGUGAUUCGUUGAAGGUGAAGAAAGAACUCGACGAGAACAGCAAACGAGCUCUGGUCGGUCAGUACAUGCAAUUCCGACAGCUCAUGCUGAGCAUCGAUCCGAGCGACGAAGACGCCGAAGAGCAGCCUCAGGGUCCUGUCGUCACGGCGCGAGUCGAGGAAUCCAGUAACGGAAUCGUCCUCAAGAUCUCAAAAGCUCCUCCGCCGCCGGAGAAACCCCCACCACCAACCGCCACCACAGUGGUUCUUCCGCCGGGACACGAGGUUACGCCAUCUCCUGAGAAGAAACGUCGCGGACCCAUACCGAAAUUAAAAAUCAGCUCCGUUAGCAAAGAACCGAAAACGCCCGGUAAACGAGGCCGGAAGCCUGGAAGACCGAAAAAGAAGAAACGCAUCGAGUCGUCGGACGAAGAAAGUGAAGAAGACUCCGAUUUUGAGUGA